AUGGAUGGGGACGGGACGACGACGGAGGACCGGGACGCGGCGGCGUCGACGACGAUCGCGCCGCCGAGGGACGACGCGGAAUGCGUGGCGGCGACGCACGACGCGCCGGUGUACGCGGUGGCGUGGUCGAACGACGGCGCGGAGGCGACGGUGGUGAGCGGCGGGGGGGACGAUAAGGGAUAUUUGAGACGAGGCGCGGGGGAGGCGCGAGAGCUGGGAGGACACGGGGAGAGCGUGUCGUGCGCGGCGUUCAGCGCCGACGGUGGCUUGCUCGCCACGGGUGGACUCGAUGGAAAGGUGUGCAUUUAUGAUGGGAAGACGGGCGCGGUCGAACGCGCGCUCGAGGGACCGGGCGGGGGAAUCGAGUGGGUGGCGUGGCAUCCGCGAGGACGCGUGACGCUCGCGGGGAGCGAAGACUUCACGGCGUGGAUGUGGAACGGCGACGACGGUGCGCUCAUGCAAGUGUUCAGUGGACACAGUGAGCGCGUGUCGUGCGGUGGAUUUACGCCCGACGGUAAGCAAGUCGUCACCGGGUCUUACGACGGAUCGUUGCGAGUGUGGCAACCGAGAACGGGAGCGUGCGAACACGCGUUCCGCGGGCAUCCGUUCCACGACGGUCCGCUCACGUGCGUCGCGUUUCAUCCAUCGACGCUGGGAUUAACCAUCACCGGGAGCGAAGACAACACCGCUCGAUUGGUGAGCACGACGACUGGGAAAGUUCUGGCGCCGCUCGUGGCGCACACGGAAACCAUCGAAGCCGUCGGAUUCAGCGACAUCAUGCCGGUGUGCGCCACCGGCUCGCUGGAUAAGCAAAUUAUCAUUUGGGACACGAAUUCGUGUCAAGCCAGAGGUACGCUCUCGCACGGUGGUGCGGUGAGCCAGCUUCGAUGGAUUCCGAACACCAUGUGUUUGUAUAGCACAUCCGUCGACGGCAUCGUGCGACUCUGGGAUGCCCGCACGUCUACGUGUCAACGAGAGGCGCACGGUCACACGAAAGGGAUCUUAGACUUCGCCAUGAGUCCCGACUACGCUCGAGUCAUCACCGCGAGCGACGACUGCACGGCGCGCAUAUUCAACUUCUCCAAUCCCACGUAA